ACCGUCAGUAUAGUGCAAAAAACACAUCGUCUCGACGUCCAGCAGCUCGUCGCGUGCCGUGGGUGAAGACUGCGCGCGUAUGCGGCGAUCAACGCAGCUUUUGUGUUGCGUGCGUGAGUGCGUGGGUGUGUGUUAUAAGUAGCGGCGUAUUUAAUUACGAGCCGCGAAGCAAGUGCACGUUUACAGUCGAUCCGAGAGCGGAAGAGAUCGUGAAAAAAAGAGUCGCAGAGCCGGCCGCUCUCUCGCUACGUCGAAUCGGCGACGCAAAACUCGUGCCAUUAUUGUUAUUAUUGAAAUAUACAAUAAGACGCAGAGAGAGAGAGAGAGAGAGGCGAUAAGAGCCGAGGUCGCGGGGCGGUGGAGAUUCCUCGUAUACAAUACAUACAUACCAAUUCGCACACAUGCCAAUAACACAGACGGACACAUUGUUGUAAUGCUCGUACGUAUAUGUGUUGGCCCGUGUAGCGGCAGUGGCGGCAGCAGCAGCAGCAUAAGCAGCAGCAGUGCAGUAUAGGCAGCGGAGAGCCGCUCCCCCGUGCACCCCCCCGCCCGCACACCCGCGCGCGUCGCGAUCGUGUGCACUGAACAGCAGCGACAGCAGCAGCAGCAGCGUUUCGCCAUAUAACAUCCGAGGCAGCACGCACCGGGCGACGGCGAAUAUAAUACACACAACCACAAUCGAAUAUGGAGACUCUGGAGUGUACUUGACAUAUAUUGAAGUAACAUGAAUAACGAACAGCAUGCCCUACCUGUGACAACACAGGCGCAAGAGGAAAUAAACUCAGAUCAAAGCAAUCGAUCCUCUUUCUCAGGAGGUUUGACCAGUGUUGCAUUAGCCUCUUCAGUAGCAAAGUACUUGGUUCUUACCAAUUUGUUUCCUGGACAACUAUCUCAGGUAUCCGUAUACCAGCCAAAUAAGUCCAAUGUAUCUCAAAAUGAAAAUCAAAGCACCAAAGAAUCUACCAUAAUAAUUAAUCAAGAUAUGCCACUUAAUGGUGGCACACAACUUCAAACACAAGUUUCUCAACAAAACUCACAAUCCUCUGUUAGCAGAAAUGGACAUCAGACCUCGACGCAUACUGCAAUACAGAUUCCUGUUUCACUCCCAGGCCUUAGUCUAGAUGGAAACCAUCUUCAAAGCAGUGUAGGUCAUUUGCAAGCAGCCCAAAUACAUCAGCAGAUGCAAUCCCAACAGCAAUCUCAGUUGCACCAACCUCAGCAACAAGCUCAAACCCAUCACCAAAUUCAAAAUCAUCAGACCUCUCAGAAUAUAUCACAAGGAAAUCAAAAUUCUGUGAGAGAUAACAAAAAUAAGGACCAAGAAUCCAACAAUGCUCAGGUACUUUCCAGAAUUCAACAUCAACAGUCUCAAAACAUACAGCAGAAUCUCAUGCAUCAUCAACAAGUCAAUGUCAGUAUUGGUACUGCUAUGACUAGUGAUGUCAUGAGUACCAGUGCAGUUGAUAAAGCGGAAAAGAAAGACGAUAUUCGACAGCUGAAUAUGACCCAAUUUCAAGUCCCUGAUCUGAAAGCAGGUAGUCAUAUGAUGGAUGUGCGAACGGCAGAUGGUUCGAUUGUUAAAAUUACUACGGCGAGCGAUCAAGAUAUCGCUAAAACCCUAGGUGUUGAUAUAACUCAAUAUAUCAAUAAGGGGACCGUGAACGUGGAAGAUCUUAACCAAAUAAAUCAAAUACUCGCUUACCACGAAGUAUUUGGAAAAUUGCAAAGCGAAAUCGCUGCUGGGACGACGUUAAUAGGUAGUACAUUACCUACUCAGACCGUCACGACCAUUCAAAAUGGUACGCAGCUAGCGCAACCAGUGCAGCUGAAUAAAUUCGAAAUUAAAUCGAGCGAUGGUGAGGCGACACCGGGCCCUAGUGUAUCUCCAUUGACAGUUGGUACCCACUCGUGCGAGGUAUGCGGGAAAAUUUUUCAAUUUCGAUACCAAUUAAUCGUACACAGAAGGUAUCAUACGGAGCGUAAACCUUUCACGUGUCAAGUAUGCGGCAAAGCUUUCACCACCGCGAACGAUUUGACUCGCCACGGCAAGUGCCACUUGGGCGGCUCUAUGUUUACUUGUGCGGUGUGUUUCCAAGUUUUUGCGAAUGCCCAAUCUUUGGAAAGACACAUGAAGCGCCACGCCACAGAUAAACCCUACAAUUGUACCGUUUGUGGUAAAAGUUUUGCAAGAAAGGAACAUUUGGACAAUCACACGAGAUGCCAUACAGGCGAAACUCCUUACAGGUGUCAGUAUUGUGCAAAGACUUUCACGCGUAAGGAGCAUAUGGUCAAUCACGUGCGCAAACACACGGGAGAGACGCCUCAUCGUUGCGAUAUCUGUAAAAAAUCGUUCACUCGCAAGGAGCACUUCAUGAACCACGUGAUGUGGCACACCGGCGAAACACCGCAUCACUGUCAAGUUUGCGGCAAAAAGUACACCCGUAAGGAGCACUUGGCAAAUCAUAUGCGAUCUCAUACCAAUGACACUCCUUUCCGAUGUGAAAUAUGCGGCAAGUCUUUCACGCGGAAGGAGCACUUCACGAAUCACAUAAUGUGGCACACUGGCGAGACGCCCCAUCGCUGCGACUUCUGCUCCAAGACGUUCACGCGCAAAGAGCACUUACUCAAUCACGUCAGGCAGCACACGGGUGAGUCACCACACCGGUGCAGCUUCUGCUCGAAAUCGUUCACGAGAAAGGAACACCUCGUUAAUCACAUCCGCCAACACACAGGCGAGACGCCGUUCCGAUGCCAGUACUGUCCCAAGGCGUUCACGCGCAAGGACCACCUGGUGAAUCACGUGAGGCAGCACACGGGCGAGUCGCCGCACAAGUGCCAGUACUGCACCAAGUCGUUCACGCGCAAGGAGCACCUCACCAAUCACGUGCGCCAGCACACGGGCGAGUCGCCGCAUCGCUGCCACUUCUGCUCCAAGUCGUUCACGCGCAAGGAGCACCUCACCAAUCACGUGCGCAUCCACACCGGCGAGUCGCCGCAUCGCUGCGAGUUCUGCCAGAGGACGUUCACGCGCAAGGAGCAUCUCAACAAUCAUCUGCGCCAGCACACCGGCGACUCGUCCCACUGCUGCAACGUCUGCAACAAGCCGUUCACCAGAAAGGAACACUUGAUAAAUCACAUGCGUUGCCACACCGGUGAGCGACCGUUCAUAUGCACAGAGUGUGGAAAGAGCUUUCCGCUCAAGGGCAACUUGCUCUUCCACAUGCGCUCGCACAACAAAGGCAGCCAAGCCGAGCGUCCGUUCCGCUGCGAUCUGUGCCCGAAAGACUUCAUGUGCAAGGGUCACCUGGUGUCGCAUCGGCGCUCGCACUCGGACGAGCGACCGCACUCCUGCCCCGACUGCGGCAAAAGCUUCGUCGACAAGGGCAACAUGCUGCGCCACCUGCGCAAACACGCCACGGAGCAGGCUCAGGCUCAGUCCAUAGCCGCGGCCGCCGCGGGUGGACAGCCCGCGACCACGUCUAUACCGAUACCCGCGUCCGCCGCGGCGGUGCUCGUUGGCCAUCCGUUGGUCACCACGGCGACGACGAGCACGGCCGCUGCCGCUCAAACCACAGUACCUCAACAGCACACCGUCGUCGUGCCGACUCCACCCGGGGUUCUGGCCAGUUACUGAGCUGAGGCCAACUGCAGAUUGCAGUACCAUCCUCCUCCUCUUCCUCCUCCUCCUCACCUACCUCCUGUCUUCUACUGAUGAUGUGCACUUUUUGAUUUGCAUUUUUAACCACUUACUCUUUAUGAGAGUUAUUUUUAAGAAUUUUUUUUUUAUGAAAAAAAAAUCUGAGCAAGAUCAUUGUUCGAUCCAUAGUUCAGAUAACUUAACCAUGUUUGUUUGAGGAAAAAAUGAAUUAUGUCCAUAUUAUUAUUAUCGAAGUAUAAUUUUUGUUGUGUAAAGUUAAUUGUUUUAUGUGAGAUGUUUUUCCUACGAGGCAGUUUUGAUAAUAUUAAGAACUGACAUCUAUUAUUACGUUUUUCAAUAUUUUUAUUUACAGUUAAUGGACAAAAAAUUACAGUUCUUUAAGUUUGUAACUCAUUCGAAACUUGUUUAAUUAAUUUUGCUACUAUACUUGAUAUUUGUUUAUUCCUUUCAGUAAAAUUGAAGGACGUUACAUAUUAAGUAAAGAUUUAACUUUACGAUUGAGUUGAGAUUUGAUCUUAUUCCAAUGUUUAUGAUUUUUGUUAUUUUCCUUAAAAUUAAAAAACGUACCUUUCAAAGGUACAGCAAAGUAUAAAUUUCCAAUCACCUUAUUUCUCAAAUGAAAGUUUCCCCUUUAAAGUCAUACCCAUGCAUGUAAAUAGGUGUUUGAUGAGUUAACUGAAAAGUAAAAUAUACGAAGGACUGUGAUUUAUAACGUAAAUAAUAGUUUAACCAAUGCAAAACUUACGCAAAAUAUUUUUCUGUUAUAAUCAUAGUAUCUUAUACCAAUUACAUUUUUGACAAUGCAUAGGAAUGAAUCUCAUAAACCACAAGAUUAUUUAAAUAAUGUUCCACUCUGUGAAUAGUAUGUAACCAACUACUUUUAGUUCAUCGGUUUCAUUAUUUGAACAAGUUUUUAUUACUGUUUUCAAUGGUACAGGAACGAAGUUUUAGCGUUACCAGUUCUUUAUUGAUAAAAUUCAAACUUUGUACGAUUUCAAAAUUAUUCGUAUUUUCAACUUUUUAAAGCACUCAAAAGUAAUACAAUGAAUAAAGUUUUCGUAUGGCUUUACUGUUAAAGAUUUAAAUACAGAAUUUAUUGUGAAACACAUAGGCUUAUAACUGUACAAGUAACAACAUUAGUAUUGUAUGAAAAAUUAUUAAUUUCUAAAAUUCUAUACUAUAAAUAGUUCACAACAAUUUUUCAUUUCAUAAAUGUAAGAUAGAAAGGGUCCAUACAAUAUAUAGAAAUGUUUAUAGCAAAAAAAUUGUCUAUAAAAGCAAAGAUGAAUGUCAGUCAGUAUACUGUAAAGAAACUGCUUGAUCCUAUCCAGAGAAUAAGUGUACCAAGGGUUUUCAAUUCUUAAUAUUACACACGAUACUUGCAUAAAAUGAUUUAACAUGGAAUUAUUACUUUAAGAAAUCAAGUGCAAUACAGCUUAAUUAAAAGAUACACUCGAAAAAAGAUGCUGUAAAACAUUUAUAAGUGACAAGAUAAAAUUAACACAAAUUAUGACGAUGCUGCAAUUUAGUUUUAAGAGUCAUUUCGAAAUUUAAAAAUAAGUUUUCGUGUGAUGUCGAGGAUAGAGUAUGAAAAAUAUCAAGCAGUUUUUGUUAUUUCUAAUAAAUAUUUUUAUACUUGACCAAGUUGUGAUCAAAAGAAUGAACGAAGUAAGACAUGCGCGUAGCUUAUUGAAAAAUAUUUAAUAGAAACUAUGCAAAACUUGCUUGAAAUUGCAUAUUUUUAUAAUAACUCUGGCGUUUAUUUUUUUUUUUCAAAUUCAAUUAAAUUGAAUUUUCUAAAGUCAGUUGUUUUGACUAAAUUGUUAUUAUUUGAAGUGACUCAAUAGUUUUAAUGCUCACCAAUUGAACAGAAAUUAUGAAAUUCAUGUAAUUUGACGUAAUUCUAUAAAAUUAGGCAAUUAAAAUAAAUUUUUGCGCGAUAUUAGAAGUGAUCAAGACUCAAAUUUAUACUAUAAUGAAGUGCAACAAAAUACUAGUUUUAUCACCAGUGGUAUCUAACAAUUAGUUAUAUUUAUAUAUCAUGUUUGAAAUAAAUUCAAAGCGUGACAAAUUUAUAUCAUGUAAAUCAUUUAGAACUUGUAAUUUUCCUUAGAUUCUAGAUUAAAAAGUUGGUGAAGCAGCAAAAUGUUAUUUAUUUUAUUUUAAUAUAUAAUAAUAUAAAGGCAGUGUGUAUAAUAAUUGUGGAUUAAGAAUAAAAUUUAAUUUAAAAAAAUGAAAUAAAAUAUAUUAUUGUCUUAUUCCUCCCAGAAAAGAGUUUGGAAUCAAACUCUUCAUUCUGAAAGGAACAUUUAAAAGAUGAGUGAUAUUAAAAGUUUUUAGAAAUAGCAUAUUUAUUGCAAAAUAUACUGUAAUGAAAGCCAUAUACAUUUUUGUAAAUCUCGAUUUUCGAGAGCAUAUGUUAACAGUAAAAAGAACAAAACGUUCAACGUGUAUGUGUGUAUUAUAAGGACUAAAAAUCCUCAAGCGUAAAAAGUGGUCAUUAUGCAAAAGUAAAUCAUCAAAAACGGACUAUAUAAAAAUACUUCAAAUGGAAAGAAUACGAAAAGGCGCUUUUAUUGCAUACUGGAAAAAUGAUUAAUCAAUUUUGUGUAUUCGUGUAGUUAUCAGUCUGACGUUCAUUUAUUUAUGAUGUAAAAUGUAUGGAAAUAAAAAUACUAUUAUACAGACA